AUGAGACUAUCAAGAAAUCGAUUUCUGGCUGAGAAAAUCGGGUAUUUGGACGAUCCCAAUGUGCUUCCUUGUGUUGGCAAUGAUGCUUAUUCAUCGUCGCCUCUUGGAAAAUUAGCUCUCCCCCUCGAAGCAUAUGAAUCAUCUUCUAGUGCAUUGUCACUUGUGCAACAGAGGUCUCCAGUUAGUAAGGGUAUGAUGAUCGAAUAUGCUAAGAACAUGGCAAAUUUUGCAGUGGCAAACGGCAAGAAGCACAUCGUCAUACUCUCUAGUUUGGAUUUUGGUAGAUGGAAAAACAUUAAUAUGACCAGCGGCUUGCAGAUAUACUACUUAUCCAGUUCGAGUUUGGAUGGGACUGAUUCUGACUGUGAACGUCUUGGGUGGAAUAGACUGCAAGAUUACAAUCCUGACCAAAGAACAUGGAAAUAUCUUGAGACAUUAGCUACAGAUAGUUCCAUCAUUGAUGAAGAUUUUCCUUUUGAGGAACUUGGAGAUGAAGAUUAUUAUCCUAGUUUGCCAUUUGCUGCACUAUUUUCCUGCUUUAAGGCUAAAGGUCUCAAAGUUACUUGUGUACUGUGUUACUGCUCUGAGGGAGACAACAUACCUGAAGCUUUCUCCAUGGCUGAGGCAGCAUGCGUAUUUACUGGACUUAGCAAUAAGGAGUUCGAAGGCGAUGGUGCUGACAAGUGGAUAAUGCCAUUCUCAUGGCAGAGUGUCUAUGGACCCCCAGCAGAUAUGACUCUAUUCUAG